UCAGAUUGACAGUGAUUUAAAGAGAGAGAGAAAGGGGUAUUUUCAUGCAUUUCUCUGUCUUGAAGAGCCCAAACCCCUGCAUUCCAAGUAAUCUAACGAAUCCAACCUGCCGAGAGAGAAGAAGUCACGGUCCUCCAGGAUCCUCUAUCAGGACCCGUCAGUCUCAAUCUCCCCCUGGCCUACUCAGCCCUAGAUAUGGACAGCACAACAGGAUUCGCCCGGACCCCUGUCAAUCACAACCACACCAACAGCAGCUGUUCCCGUGACAACGUGCUGAAGACUGUGGUGUUUCCUGUUCUCUACUCCCUCCUCUUCCUGCUGGGCCUGUCCCUCAACGGCUUGGCAGUGUGGGUGUUCUUCAGCAUCCCCAGCCGCUCCCACUUCAUCAUCUACCUCAAGAACAUUGUGGUGGCCGACGUCCUCAUGACCCUCACCUUCCCCUUCAAGGUGCUGUCUGACUCCAACAUGGCGUCCGUGGGUCUGCGUGUCUUCGUCUGUCGUGUCUCCUCUGUGCUCUUCUAUCUCACCAUGUACAUCAGCAUCCUUUUCUUUGGCCUCAUCAGCAUCGACCGCUGCAGGAAGACCCUCCAGCCCUUCAAGGGAACCAACGCGGCUCGUCUGUCCCACAGGAAACUGCUCUCUGGGGUUAUCUGGUGCUCCCUGCUGGCCCUCUCCCUGCCCAACAUGGUCCUGACCAGCCGCAGCCCCACCUCAGUCUACUUCAAGUGCAGUGAUCUGAAGACGGCGGCUGGGCUGCAUUGGCAUGAGGUGGUCAACCAUGUGUGCCAGGUCAUCUUCUGGGGCAACCUGGUGACGGUGAUAGUGUGUUAUGCCCUCAUCACCAAAGAGCUGUACAGUUCCUACGCCCGCGCCAACGCUUACCGUGCUGGUGGAGCCAGCAGUACUGGGACUGGUAAAGGGCAGCGCCAGCCCCAGAGAAAGACUGUGAGUUCAAACGUCUUCCUGGUGCUGGCUGUGUUCUUUGUGUGCUUCGUGCCGUUCCACUUCUCCCGCGUGCCGUACACCAUGAGCCAGACCCGGGGACGCAUGUUUGACUGCAACCUCAAGCUGUUCUUCUUCCAAUUAAAGGAGAGUACACUCUGGCUGUCCUCCCUCAACUCCCUCCUGGACCCUCUCAUCUACUUCUUCCUCUGUAAGUCCUUCAGGACCACCCUGUUCAAGACGCUCCGUCUCCCACCUGGGACCUGUAGCUGUCUCACUGGGAGAGGGCCGGACCCCAACACAGGCAGUACCCCUCUGGGAGACUCCUCUGCUUGUCUGUAGUGAACUAAAGCUCUCUUCUGAAGGACUUCCAUGUAUUGUGGUCUGAUGAAUGUUUCACAGAGUAUCAUACUGCCCUCUGCUGGAAGACUGACGGAAACAUCAACUGUGUGUUGAUUGUAGCUCUGUCUGGGCAAUGGAAAGAGUAGAGUAGGAAACUCUGCACAGACCAGUGAUAAUUACAAUAAUAUGCAAACCAGUCUGUAACACCAGUCUGUAACACCAGUCUGUAACAUUUUGUAGAAUGUCAUAACCCCCUCUAAACGUCACCAUAACCUCAUGCCAAAGGAAAUCACCUAAUCACCAUGUCUCUCUCAUAACAGCUUAGUUCCCCAUACCGGCAUUCUGCUUUGACCUCGUUAUUUUUUAGGCUUCAGGAACUGAAACAAGAGAUACAGUGCCUUGCGAAAGUAUUCGGCCCCCUUGAACUUUGCGACCUUUUGCCACAUUUCAGGCUUCAAACAUAAAGAUAUAAAACUGUAUUUUUUUGUGAAGAAUCAACAACAAGUGGGACACAAUCAUGAAGUGGAACGACAUUUAUUGGAUAUUUCAAACUUUUUUAACAAUUCAAAAACGGAAAAAUUGGGCGUGCAAAAUUAUUCAGCCCCCUUAAGUUAAUACUUUGUAGCGCCACCUUUUGCUGCGAUUACAGCUGUAAGUCGCUUGGGGUAUGUCUCUAUCAGUUUUGCACAUCGAGAGACUGAAAUUUUUUCCCAUUCCUCCUUGCAAAACAGCUCGAGCUCAGUGAGGUUGGAUGGAGAGCAUUUGUGAACAGCAGUUUUCAGUUCUUUCCACAGAUUCUCGAUUGGAUUCAGGUCUGGACUUUGACUUGGCCAUUCUAACACCUGGAUAUGUUUAUUUUUGAACCAUUCCAUUGUAGAUUUUGCUUUAUGUUUUGGAUCAUUGUCUUAUUGGAAGACAAAUCUCCGUCCCAGUCUCAGGUCUUUUGCAGACUCCAUCAGGUUUUCUUCCAGAAUGGUCCUGUAUUUGGCUCCAUCCAUCUUCCCAUCAAUUUUAACCAUCUUCCCUGUCCCUGCUGAAGAAAAGCAGGCCCAAACCAUGAUGCUGCCACCACCAUGUUUGUCAGUGGGGAUGGUGUGUUCAGGGUGAUGAGCUGUGUUGCUUUUACGCCAAACAUAACGUUUUGCAUUGUUGCCAAAAAGUUCCAUUUUGGUUUCAUCUGACCAGAGCACCUUCUUCCACAUGUUUGGUGUGUCUCCCAGGUGGCUUGUGGCAAACUUUAAACGGCACUUUUUAUGGAUAUCUUUAAGAAAUGGCUUUCUUCUUGCCACUCUUCCAUAAAGGCCAGAUUUGUGCAAUAUACGACUGAUUGUUGUCCUAUGGACAGAGUCUCCCACCUCAGCUGUAGAUCUCUGCAGUUCAUCCAGAGUGAUCAUGGGCCUCUUGGCUGCAUCUCUGAUCAGUCUUCUCCUUGUAUGAGCUGAAAGUUUAGAGGGACGGCCAGGUCUUGGUAGAUUUGCAAUGGUCUGAUACUCCUUCCAUUUCAAUAUUAUCGCUUGCACAGUGCUCCUUGGGAUGUUUAAAGCUUGGGAAAUCUUUUUGUAUCCAAAUCCGGCUUUAAACUUCUUCACAACAGUAUCUCGGACCUGCCUGGUGUGUUCCUUGUUCUUCAUGAUGCUCUCUGCGCUUUUAACGGACCUCUGAGACUAUCACAGUGCAGGUGCAUUUAUACGGAGACUUGAUUACACACAGGUGGAUUGUAUUUAUCAUCAUUAGUCAUUUAGGUCAACAUUGGAUGAUUCAGAGAUCCUCACUGAACUUCUGGAGAGAGUUUGCUGCACUGAAAGUAAAGGGGCUGAAUAAUUUUGCAAGCCCAAUUUUUCAGUUUUUGAUUUGUUAAAAAAGUUUGAAAUAUCCAAUAAAUGUCGUUCCACUUCAUGAUUGUGUCCCACUUGUUGUUGAUUCUUCACAAAAAAAUACAGUUUUAUAUCUUUAUGUUUGAAGCCUGAAAUGUGGCAAAAGGUCGCAAAGUUCAAGGGGGCCGAAAAAUUUCGCAAGGCACUGUAUGUAAUUAUGUGUAACCAUGGCACAACACGUAUGCCUAUAAUGGACAGCAAAACGUCCUAUACUACAUAAACUUGUGAAACCUAAAUAUUUUUUCUCUCCCAUUCGUUGAUCCAUGUCUUUAACCAUUCUUCAACAAAUCAAUAUGAUACUGAGGGAAAAAUCCCCUGAUUUCUCUGAUGCAUUGAAAGCCAGAUGUGCUGUAUGUUUAGACAGACAGUAUACAACCUUUUAACAGUUGGCCUAAGGGCAGGUGGGAGGCUGCUACUUACUGCUGUACAGUGACCACAGAGGAACCUAGAAAAACAAGCUGUGAGUGGCCGGAGGCUUUCCGUGGAAGUAGCAAGAUGUGAAAACAACACCAGUAAAAACCACACUGCGAAAGACAGCUGAAAGUUAAUGCGAAACAAUAGUUCAUGUGAAAGAAAUGGUGUGUGUGCAUAGUGUAAGAGCAUGAGAGAGAGAAACAUGGGAUCAACACGUCUGAUCUUUUAAAUAAUAAUUAGUUCCAGGAUAAAAAAUGUUUAAAAAAACACCAACCUCCCUGUGAAAAUAUAACAAACAUACAUAACCUCCCUAACCUGCCGAAUCCAGGUCACUAGUAGGAGAAAUACCAUCUGCAUGGGCAGAUGCUAACAGCAGCAGUUCCAUCAGUCCCAUCAUAUGGCUCUUGCAAUGCCAGAAUUGUGGGUUUGAUUCCUGGGUCACCCACACACAAAAUAUAUGCAUGAAUGACUGUCAGUAACUUUGGAUAAAAUCAUCUGCUAAAUUGCAUGAUAUUGUUAUAUUAUAAGAAGUUUGACAAACAAGGGUGGCUUUUUUUUCAGUUGUGGUCAAAAAGCCGAAGAUAUUGAUAACUAACCCUGUGCGUGAGCUCUUAUUUUACCACUUCCCCAUCUUCAGGAAGUGUAUUAGGUGAUGUAACAAACGCAGGCCCAAUACAUCACAGUAACAUAUCUCACACGAAAGACAUCGUAGUGACUUUCCCUCCAUGAUAAGAUGGUUUUUCUCAACUUCACCGGUGAGUUUCCUUAUUUAUUUAUAAUAAUACAUCAUAGACAUUUUUUUCUUAAAUAACAUUGUUCGUAAAUAUCCCAAAUCUGACAAAAGGUUGCCUUUGAACACAGAAAGAACAAGCUGUGAAUUUUUUGAGAAAUGUUUCUUGUGAACUUUAUGAAUCACAAUCAUUAGACUUUUAUGCUUUCAAUUGUAUUUUGCAAUAACAAUAAACUAUUAAUUCACACAAUGAAAAUGAACCACAUCGUGGUGUCAAAUUUAGGUUUUAAUUAAAAAACAAACAUUAAAGGGGCAA